GGACAUGCGCGUGCGCAGAUCGGCCUGGCCGAGCUUCCCGGCUCUGUGGUCCCAGUGCGCAUGUUCUCUGCCCCUUGCAGGGUCCGGGACUUGAGUCUGCCGCACCUGCUUCUCUCGCCUGCAUCCCUCUGGUCAUCCCCGCCCCGGCCAUGACGGCACACUCCUUUGCCCUCCCAGUCAUCAUCUUCACCACGUUCUGGGGCCUCAUCGGCAUCGCCGGGCCCUGGUUCGUGCCGAAGGGACCUAACCGCGGGGUGAUCAUCACCAUGCUGGUAGCCACUGCUGUGUGCUGUUACCUCUUCUGGCUUAUUGCCAUUCUGGCCCAGAUGAACCCCCUGUUCGGGCCCCAGCUGAAGAACGAGACCAUCUGGUAUGUGCGCUUCCUGUGGGAGUGACCAAGAGACACCCCUGCGUGUGGCCUCAAGGUACCAGGGGGACAGCAGGUAUCCCAGUGUUCUGGAUGACCCUGGCUUGACGUCCCUAGUGAUCUUCAUCCUACCUUCCCCACGGCUGUCCUGGUCCCUUUGCCCUCCCCUGUGUUAGCACCUCAGGAUCCGCACACCCAGGGUUCAGUGGGUUCUAGGACACCCCAUCUUCCCAGCCAGUCAGGGGUCUGGAAGCCCAGAGCCAGGCUGGAGCCAGGGUAUCUCUGGGGUCUCCUCUCCUUCCCUCCCCAGCAGGUCCUGGGAGCAGCUGGCCCAGGUGGGCUCCACCUCUGACAGGUGGGGCACAGGUGAGGACAGUGUCUUUGGUCCAGGUUAGGGUCUGUCCCCCAUCAGCUGUAAGGUGCCCAGUGCUGUCAGGUUAGAUGUGAAAUUUCUGAAAAAUGUGUUAGUAGAGAAACAGUCACACACUAAAAAUCAACAGAGUACUUCGGGCUAAGACCGAAUCCUAGAUGUUGAGUGAUCUUUGUAGCUAUGAGGUCCCUUGAUGACUUUCUGGGGCAGUUGUGUCUCCUCAGAAUGUUCUGUCCUGUGUUCCUUCCAUCCCUAGAGGGGCUCUAUGGCUUUGUCCCCUCCCUGGGCCCUGUUGAACUGAGUGUGACUGUUCCUAUCCUGCCUCCUUGGGAAACCUGUAUUCCUCACCAUGCUGUGGUGGUGCAGACCCCAAAACUCCCCACAGCAGCAUCCAAGUGACCGGAGCUGGGGGGGACAAGAAGCAGGUGACAGUUUGAGUGGUACUGGAGUGCUGGGUCCCCCCUCCCAGGGCACCUGGCACUGUGCUGGGGACAAUGAGAGACAGAAGUUCAGGUCAUACACGGUCAGACCAGGGGAACCUAGAGCUCUUCCAGGAGACAGAGCAGGAACAGAAACUCUAGUGCCCAGAGCUGUGAGGACAGAGCUCACCCACCUUGCCUGGUCCCUAGCCUCACUCAUUAUUAUUUAUUUAGUGCCCUUUCACUUGUUUUUCGAGCAGCAGUAGAUUCUGAUAUAUCUCACCCAGAUUCCUUAGCUCUGGUCUGCCAGCCACUUAGCUUGGGGCCCUACAUGGACACAGCUCCCCAAACCCCUUCCUCCCCUCACCUCUGCAGCCUUCCUGCGAGAUGGAGGUAUCGAGCAUGACGGAAAAACCAAUUCAUAUCUAAUAAAAGUGAUGCAAGAUUA